AAACUCUGGGGUUUUAUUUAUCACUUUAUUAAAUUUCUUAUUACAAACUCAGUAAUAAAUGCUCACUGUCACUGAGUCAAUCAACAAUAACGUGGAAGCUUAUGCAUUGCAAAAGAAAAAGAAAACCCAUUCAAAGCUACAGCAGAAAAUUAAGAGGGAAAGACCACAACACCAAGAAACCAAGUCUUCUCAACCACCGGACAAUUCUAAAUUGUUCAUACCACAACUCCCUCUAAGUCGCUUCUCUACUCGCGUCUGUCUUUCUUUCUUCUUCUAUGCAUUCCCUUGCCCAUUGCAGCUUUCUUAGAGGGUUCUUGCAUUCACUAGCUUCAACCAAGAUACAAUUGAACGAGUCUCCUUAGCCAUGGCAGCAUCUCAUCAACACUACUGUGAUAACAAAAGUUAUCUUCUUUCUUGUUUCACCUUAUUCUUUCUAGCUGUAGCAUCAAGUGCAGCUCCAAUAGCAUUCAACUACAAGACAUUUAGAAACAUGGGAAACACCUUAAAUCUUACAGGAGGAGAUGCCUCUCUGGACAUUAAUAAUGGAGCACUCAACCUUACUUAUUAUGGGACUGAUAGCCUUGGCAGAGUCAAAUAUCACAAACUGCUGCAUCUUUGGGACAAGAAAACAAGCAAGGCCACAGAUUUCACCACACACUUCACCUUCUCCAUCAAUACACCAAACAAAACCUACAAUUCGGAUGGCAUCACUUUCUAUCUUGCUCAGCCCAACUUUCCUCUUCCAACUCCAAGAUUUGGCGGCGGCAUUGGUCUCCUGUCACGUGCUCAGAUGCUUACUCCAAACUACACAAGCAAAGAUCAUUUUGUGGCAGUAGAAUUUGACACCUUUGGCAAUGUCGAAUGGGAUCCCAUUCUUGGAUAUGAUCAUGUAGGUGUUGAUAUUAAUAGUAUGGCCACUCCUUACACUCGAGAAUGGUUCACUAGCCAGGAUGAGAGAAAAUAUGAUGUUGAUAUCACUUAUAAUGCUACUUCAAAUGUUCUGGCUGUGUUUUUCACUGGAUACAAAGAUAACAUCACAAGGAUUAAGCAGCAAUUAUCCGCUGAUGUGGAUCUGAGAGAGAAACCACCAGAAUGGGUUGAAUUUGGCUUCUCUUCCGCAACCGGUAUGUAUUAUGAGUAUCAUACUCUUUUCUCGUGGUCCUUCAACUCUACUAUGAACUUGGACUUGGACUUGGAAGCACACAGCAGGGACAAUAAUGAAAGAGCAACACACAAGGACAACAAGGGUAAUCAAACAAAAACCGGAACAAUCAUAGGGGUUACUAUUGGUGCAUGUGCUUUAAUUGGUGUUUUUGGGCUAGCUUUUCUUAUGGGAUGGAAGCUGAGGAGGAAAAGAGGAGUGGAGAAUGUAAUUAACCUUGCAAUGGACAGAGAUUUUGAGAGAAGCACUGGACCAAGGAGGUUUUCCUAUGCAGAACUUUCUAGAGCAACUUAUAACUUUGCAAAUGAGCAUAAAAUUGGUAAGGGGGGUUUUGGGGAAGUCUACAGAGGAUUUUUGAGAGACCUUAACAUGCAUGUUGCCAUCAAGAGGAUAUCUCAGGGAUCUCAACAAGGUGUGAGGGAGUAUGCAUCUGAAGUCAAGAUCAUUAGUCAACUGAGGCAUAGGAAUUUGGUUCAACUCGUUGGUUGGUGUCAUGAGCAGAAUGAGCUUCUACUGGUUUAUGAGUUUGAGGAAAAUGGAAGUUUAGAUUCUUAUCUGUUCAAAGGUGGGGGGUUAUUAAAAUGGGAAGUAAGAUACAACAUUGCUAGAGGCUUGGCUUCAGCUUUAUUUUACUUGCAUGAAGAGUGGGAGCAGUGCGUGCUUCAUAGGGACAUCAAACCCAGCAAUGUUAUGUUGGAUUCCAAUUUCAAUGCAAAGCUUGGAGAUUUUGGGUUAGCCAGAUUGAUGGACCAUGAAGCAAGUUCGAAAACAACGAAUUUAGCAGGAACAUUUGGUUACUUGUCACCGGAAGCUGCAACGAGAGGGAAGACUAGUAAAGAGUCAGAUGUAUACAGUUAUGGAAUUGUUGCAUUGGAGAUAGCAUGUGGAAGAAGGGUGGUUGAACAAAAUGUGAAUGAAGAGCAGAUAUACUUGGUGGAUUGGGUUUGGGAACUGUAUGGCAAAGGUGAUAUACUUAAAGCAGCAGAUCCAGGAUUAGAGUUGGGAGCAUUUGAGGAAGAGGAAAUGAAGAGGCUAAUGACAGUUGGGCUUUGGUGUACUCACAGUGAUUACCUUAAAAGGCCAUCAAUGAGACAAACACUUCAAGUACUCUAUUUUGAAGUUCCAUUGCCAAAUCUCCCAUCACAGGGUACUGAUGCACCUAACUCUGUCAGAUCUUUGCUUCCUGAGAAUAAUAGCCAAACACAGCCUUCAACUUCUUCAAGCAGUAGCACCUUCACUGUUGGGUCUACACACUCCAACAAUAAGGCUUCUUCUCAACCUCUACGUACAUUCUAAGUUGAUAUCAAUAUAUCACCUUCAGUUUUUGCUUUUUGAUGUUUUAAUUUCCAAUUUAAAGUAAAAUUCUACACUUGUGCUUGUCUUUCGUACUGAACCAGUUCUCUUUCUCUCUACUCUUAUUAUUUUCCUUCUCUUGCAACAUUGCAUUGGAAACUCAAAAUGCCAUUAUCGCAUAAAGAAUUCUUAACUCACAAGCAUAAUAAUGAUUUAUGAAUUCAUAAAGAUGGAUUUAUAUUAUAUUUGUUUUUGUUGUGAAUCCAUUUUGCAAGCUCAUUCAGAUAUGAUUACUCUUCUUUU